UUUACCCGGAAAGCGACGAAGCAGAUGGACAACAUGCCCUAAACCUACGCUUAAAUAGCGUUCCUGCCUCCAUUCCUCACCGUUACAAACUUUGCAUCCCUUUUUGAGCGGCUGUGGCGCCUGCGCUAGUCAAGAAUCAGAAGAUCCACUCAGCCAUAAUGCCUGCAACUAAGGCAAAAAAGAAGCAAGAAAAAACAGGGGUGAGAACAGAUGACGACCCUCAUUAUGGACUAAAGAUAAACAAGAUCAUUGAUGCUGCCAUGAACAAGUAUACAACCUUAUUUACCUACAAUGCCCUCAGACCUGCUCUCAGGAACCACAUCGAACAAUAUGUUUGUGAGAAGCUCUCUGAUUUGCACACCCCUGAUCACCCCACCUAUGCUCUGAUGAUACGAAGGGCGAUUGAAGGAUUGAAUGGGGAGGGAUCGACUGAGGAAGCAAUAUCAGAGUUUAUUAAAAAAGAUGUUGAGGAUCUGCCAUGGGCUCAUGAAAGUUUUUUGAGGCAUCAUUUGAAAAAGCUUACUGAGACGGGGGAGAUUCUAAAAACUUCUGAAAACUGUUAUAUGCUUCCUGUUGAAAACGGUAAUUUUUAUCUCGAAGGAAAGCAUAGGCAGUUGAAUGGAACUGAAGACCGAAUUGAUACAUUAGUAGAACAAAAGCCUGCAGCAGCACGAAGUGACCAAGAGCCACAGUUCAAUGAAAUGGAAGAUAAAAACCAAGUUGCAGAAGAUGUUCAAUUGCUUGAGGAACACAUAGGAAAACACAAUGAAGCAAAACUGCUAAAAUUUGAAUUGAUUAAUGAACAAAUUGAAGGACAGAAAGGUGAAGUGAUUGCAGAGUCAUGCCCUUCUCAAGAGCAGCAAAAUAAACAGCAAGAUGAAAUGAGUUCUCAACAAGGUCAUACACGAAGGCAUGAAAUUGAAGUGGUUGUGGGCAUUCUGAAUGCAGCAGAAGACAAAACUAAAUCAACCGGAGAACAAAUUCAGGAAAAACGAGCAGAUGGUGUCAUUCAAGAACAGAAAAAUCAAGUAAUUGAAGAUCGAAAUCUACCGCAUGAUCGUCAAAUUAGAGAUUGCUCCAAACAGAUUCCAUAUCACGAAGAACAAAGUCUACUAAUUGAAAAGCUGAUCGAGCUAGAAGGACUAGAGAAUCAAGUGACUGGGAAACUAAAUGAACUGCAAACUGAAAUGAGGCACAAUAUUAUUGGCCUUAGCGACCUGCAAUCAUCGCAAGAGUCAGAAAACAAUGAAGCUAUUAUGACAAACCAGACUUUUUAUCAUAUAAGCCACGGAUUGGGAAAUGAUGUUUCACUACUUACAUCAAAGGCUAAAUGUAUAGAAUUGUUGAAGAGGACAAAGAAGAUUGAGGAACAGCUGAUGGAUAUUAUUAAUUCAUGAAGUGUGUGGGAGGUGCCAAAGCAUGACACUCUAAAUUCUGUGAUGGAUGAACAAAAGAGGGAAAAACAUAAAGAAGUCUGGGCAGAAGCAGCAAGUUGAGUUUUCUAGUCUAAAAAGGCCUCCUGAACAAGAAGUUGAAGCAUUGCAGGAGUUAUCUCAGAAUCAAGAGAAGCAAGUAAAGUUUUGUGAUCAGCAUGAGGCGUCAGAAUGCCAGCCAAAAUCAACUGGAACUUCCUCAGCUGUGCCAACAAAUUCAGGACAGCUUGAAGAUGGGACCGCAAGAGCUUGAGAAUUCAGUAAAGGAUCACUUGGUUUAAAGGCAAUGUAAACAGAAAAUUUUGGGCAAAAGGCAUCCACUGAGAACUGUUCUCAUUCUCUCAACAAUGACUCAAAGACAGCUUUCGUGGAUAAGAAACUGAAGUUUCCUGUAGACCUCCUAAGACUUUGCAGGCACGAGAGGCCUUUGUAAUUGUUGCCAAUGACAAGUUCUCUCGAUGUACCCUUGGACUCACAGGAGCUUGAGCUGGAGGAGCGACUAGGAUUUCAAGAUGCAGGAAGUCCUCCACCUGUCAAAUCAUCAUGACUGGAGCCAUCAUGUCAAAAGGAGCGGCAACACCGGAAGUGUCAAGGCCAAGGUGCUUACCUUCAGGAAUUUGCCAUUAAUGAUACCACAAUGGAGGCCAAGGGAAGCCUUCAAGAUUAAAGUCUGAUUUUUUCGUGGCCAUUGGAGAAUUACUGCUGUCAGAUGAUAAGCAUCAUCUUGAGCAAGUGUUCAGACAGUAGAAGGCGUCCUACACCCAAGACGAAGGCACAUUCAGCACAACUGAAUAGUAUCCUUGGAUUGUGAGAAUUGUAAUGAGAUAUAGUAAUGGCCAGAUAAAGGAGGGAGGGUUCUAAAAUUAAGACCAGUUUUAGCUACAACCAUGGAGGCAUCGUCGUCUUCACUGGAGCAGGAGCAACCACUACAUCGAGGGCAAGGAGGCUUAGGGGACACAGACAUCAUGAUAAAAGCACCACUGACCUAACCAUAGAGAGCCAACAUCACAACCGAAGCGUCCAAAAGUGGACUGAAGGAACCUGAUCACGGUGACAAUGGUGACUCAAAUGUUCUGUUUCUAGUAGCAGUAGCAUUGUAAAGUAGAUUUAACUAAUCAAUGAAGUCAUGUCAAUGGAUAGAUUUAGCAUUUAUAUAUAUUUAUAUAUACAUUUUUCAUUC